CGAUGGCUGUUUAUGCGCGACGUUGCACUGCUUGUCUUUGUAGAGUCAAAAGCUCAAGUUAUGAUAGACGUAGUGGCGUAUCAUUUAUAGUUCAUAGAAAUGGAGAUACAUUCAACCCAGGGAGACGCGUCUUUAUCAAUCAGAGACUAGCUCUAACAUGGAGCUCAUUCAUGGAACAAGUGAGGAAGCAGUUGGGACAAUAUGUUCCUGCUAUCCGUUGUAUCGUAUCACCAAAUACGGGAACUAAGAUAGAAAACGUUGGCGACAUAAUGGAGAAUCAUAGAUACGUAGCAGUACCAAGAGGCGAACCUCUGAAACUGUUAGAUUAUCAGAAAACUGAUGAAAAGUCACGAUAUGCAUCAAAUCAUCAUACUUCAUCGGAAUUAUUUGAGAAGUAUUGGAGAAGGCGUCAUAUACGAUUAAAAAGCCAAGUUGGUAGAUUAUCCGAUGGAUUUCGUCGUAAUGUCAAAGUUAUAUAGUAAGUUAGUAAGGAUGAUAUACAUAUACAUAUAUGUAUGUUUAUACGUUAUUGUGUAAUAUAUCUAAGCACUUUAAGGUCUUUUAUACCAUUUACAAUUCGUUUUGUAUGUUAUUAAGAAUCCUAAGUAUCCUUUUUAUUGAAUUCACUUGAUAUUGUUUACUUGAAUCUUCCCAUUGUUAUUUACGACUGCAAUUGAUCAGUUUGUAAUUGUUAUGGAUUGCUUCAAUAUUGCCUUAAGUCACAAACAUCAUAAGCAAGGAUGGGUAGUGGCUAGCAAUGGAAUCCACGACCCGCGUUUCAUCUUAUUUGGGACUCGUCAACUGGAUGUACCUGAAUCUCAGUGUUAAUGUCCACUUUGGGACUCGAACACAGUACCGUUCACUUUAAGCACCAUCGCGUUACCCAAUUAGCUACUGAGUCCUGGUAAUCACUUGCUUGUGCAAUGGGAU